AUGAGAGAUCGGCCCGUCAUCAGCAUCGAAAAUUACACCAUAUACUGCGGCGAUGUUGAUGAGAACAAAGACGCCUUCUACGAUGAAAUCAAUGUGUUAAUGUCUAAAAUACCCAGCCAGCAGGUGGUCAUUGUGGGAAUCGACGCGAAUGCGAAGACGGGACUCGAACAACAAUCCGAUGUGCCAGGAAAAUGGUAUUAUUUGGCGGAGCGCACGUCGGACAACCUUCUGGGUUCAAUCCUUUUAACGCUUGAAGAGCAGCGCAAGCGGAAGACGAACACUCUCAAACUUCAGCUCGACUACGUUCUGACGAGAAACAUCUCUCAGUCGGAUAUCCGAAAUUCCAGAGCCGCUUGGGACGAUAAUUUCAACUCUGACCACCGUCCAGUUCUUCUCAGCAUUAAGAUACGGUUCCACAAAAUGAAGCGAGGAGUAUCUUUUCAACCAAAAAUCGACAUGGCAGAUCUGAAGGAUGAAGAAUUCAGAACGAAUUUCCGCCAACGUGUAUCUACUUAUGUUGGAGUAGUGACCAGGAGGAAGCUUUGCGAUGCGGAUUCCUUUUUCAAAGUGCAUCUAGGACGCUGCAAAGGAACACUCCCGGUACAAAUGCCGCGGAAGAAGUUUGCCUUUGCAUCUACGGAGACAAAAUCCACGUACAAUUCUGUAUGUGUCGCCCGCAGCACUGGCCAUUUCAACCAGGAAAAACGUCUUAAAACGAAGUUUUGUCUCCUCGACGCUGCCAGUGGAAAGGCUGUCGGUGAAGCAACCCCUCCAACUUGGAGGGAUCACUUCAAGACCUUGCUGAACCGGCAAGCACCGUCAGCUCCUGAACUCGAGCCCGUUCAUAGACCGACAUAUGCGAUUAACGAGGAACCAGCGACCGAGUCGGAGAUUCUGGUCUGUAUCCAAAAGAUGGAAAUGGAACAUCUGGUGGAGUCGACGGGAUUAGAGCAGAAAUGCUGA